AUGGUCUUUUGUUGCUGCCAGAAUGAGAGUGACGUGAUAGCAGAGAAGCGAAAUGCGACCAAUGAGAUGGAGGGUAAAGGCCUUGAACGCUGCCCACCCCCGACGCUCCUCUCGCAGCGCGUCGUGGAGGUGAUGGUGCAGCUGAACGUCUACAGUCUGCUGCACCACAACAAGAAGCUCAAGAAGCUAGGAAUGGGCGUUUACCACAGCGGCAUUGUCGUGUACGGCAUCGAGUGGGGCUACGGGGAGUCCGCGGAGUCGGCAAGCUCCACUGGGCUCUUCUGCGUCUACCCGGGGCAGGCCGCUGGUACACUCUACCGCACAAUCUUUCUUGGUGUUACUACACACUCACCACAGCAGGUGGACACAAUCCUCCACAGGCUGGAGAAUGAGUGGCGCAGCUGCGACUACCAUAUUCUUAGCCACAACUGCAAUCACUUUGCUCAGCGGUUCUGUGAUCUCCUCUCCACUGUAGAGAAACUUCGGGUACCGGAUUGGUGCAACCGUGCGGCGCGUGUGUGCAACAAAAUUGUUCCCAACAAAUUAGCUGCGUACGUACACCGCCUAAUCGACGAGGAGCCCCCAAAGGCCCAACCGUCCGGCCCCACGCGCGUCAGUGAGCUCCCACAGUCUGUAAUUCCUCGUAACUGGUACCUCCACCCCUCCAUUCUGCAGAGCCCACGCUACGCAGCAACGCGGGAGCAUGUAGAUGAGACGUGGCCUGUUACACCGUUGGGUGAGACAAUGGAUGACAUCACAUGCACGAGCUGUAGCCCUGGCAGUCGAAAUGGUGACGAUGAAACGCCCACGGAUUCUGUCGUGCCAACUGCCGUUGCAACCCUGCACCGUGACCCGUUGUGCCGGGACUCGCUGGAGUUGAAGGAGGGCCCUACUCCCGACGUCCCACUUCCAUUGCAACAGGACGCAAAUGAAGUCGUAUUCCUUGCCGCUGGUAGCGACAUGGUACAAGGUGCAAGCAGCAAAAGCCAUGUUCUCUGUUCUGCAAAGUGCGAUCUCAGCAGCGAUGGCACCGGGGCAAACAAAAGCUUUGUGAGGCUUGAGAGCCUGGCUUCGCAGAUGGUUGGCGCACACACGGCGGAGGUGGGCUCUGAAGCCAGUCAUCUCGAGCGCACCGACGGAAUCCCCCGUGAUAAUGUCGAAGUUGCCGGGAACUCUUGCACUGUGGGGGAAAAAGAGGAGGCGCACGCUUUUAGUGAACAGGAGUGUACAUGCGCGAACGGCAUGAACGACCGAGACCCGCCUGCUGACGCUACAGGCGACGUAGGGUCUAUCUCAUCGGUCUCUCUGCUGAUGGCGUCGGAGGCUGCGGAAGGACAUAAGAGUGAUGCUGAGAAGGAGGAGCCGAAGGGGGAUGCCAACACUGAUGAGCGGAGCGACAAUGUGAAGCAUGCGACCGGGAAAAAUAGUCAAAAUAUUCCACUUCUUCCAGAAGCACCUCUGGUGGAUCAGCAUGUUGGGAAAACAGGGGAAGAUUCCAGAACGGUGGAGGAGCCCAGCAGUGUGAAGGAGUGUGGGAUGAUUAUUCCUGUGCGGCGGCGGUCGUCGUUACCCCCCCUCUCCCUCACACUUCCACCAGCGGUGCCGCUGCACUGCUUGUCCACAAGCGAAACAAACUCAGAAAAACGGGUUUUAAUCUCUCCGAUUCUAGACACUGUAGAGAGGAAUGGUAUUUGCUGCGCGGACCAACAGGGGGUUGCUUCCUCCAUUUCUGCUUCUGUUGGUGUUGCUGCGACGGGGGCUGUAGAGAUAACUGAUGGUGCUUGUGGUGAUCAGGAUGAUAAUACCGUUCAAGGUGAGAGGGAUAAUUGUGCUGUUGUUGCUGGAACAAGUAAACCAGAGGAGUCGGAGUCGGAGUCGGAGAAGCCUGUCAUGAACUCUUUGGGAUCGAGCUUUGUUGGGCCAGAUGCCACGUAUAGCGAUCCUGAGGCUGAUGGUAAUAAGCAAGAUGUGAAUGAUGAUAGUGCCUUUGUGCGUGGUAUGGCACUGCUUCCCCCCAUGAGAAACAGACGAUGGUCACUGUCAAAGGAAGCAUCCGUUAACCCUUUGCUGCACCUGUACAAAGUACCUAAGCAUUCCAGGAGCUAUUCGUGGCCUUGA